AACCCCACACGGCCACACCCAGAUCAAUAUUAGAGAGUAUACUUACUCUUGCAGAAAAUUGAUCAUAAACUACUUGAAAGACGACGUCGUUGAGUAGUUCAUGCGUGGCUUUCUUCUGCAAUUGAAUUUCACGCUGCGACUGCGAACAAGAAGAAGAAAAUGUCAUCACUGUUUAUGAGAUUAACAAGGUUUCCUUCAAAACCCUUUUUUCCCUUUACUUUAAGGUUAUUCUCUCACUCUCACAAUGUUAAUGUUAAUGAUGUUAAUGAUGAUGCUAUUUACUCAUUCAAUCGAAUGCUACAAAUGCGUAAUACUCCUUCCAUUAUUGAAUUUAACAAGAUUUUAUGUUCCCUUGUUAAAAUGAAGAAUAAUUACUCAACUGUUAUUUCCCUUUCCCAACAAAUGGAAUUCCAUGGAAUUAGACCUGACAUUUUAACUAUCACCAUUUUGAUCAAUUGUUAUUGUCACAUUGGUCAAAUGACUUAUGCAUUUUCUCUAUUGGGAAAGAUUCUUAAGAUGGGUUAUCAGCCGAAUAUCGUAACCUUGACAACCCUUAUAAAAGGCCUUUGUCUUAAAAAUGACAUUCAGAAAGCAUUGUACUUUCAUGAUGAUCUUAUCGCUAAGGGAUUUCAGCUCAACCAGGUUAGUUACGGGACAUUGAUCAAUGGGUUGUCUAAAAUGGGUCAAACAACAGCUGCCCUCCAACUGUUGAGACGGCUCGAAAAAGGAUCAGUCAAGCCUGAUUUAGUAAUUUACAGUACAAUCAUUGACAGCAUGUGCAAAGAUAAGCUUGUAGAUGAUGCUUGUGAAUUAUUUUCUGAAAUGGUUAACAAGGGAAUUUUUCCAAACGUUGUCACUUAUAGUGCUCUAAUCUAUGGUUUUUGUAUUGUGAAUAAAUUAAAAGAAGCAAUUGUUUUGUUGAACGAAAUGGUAUCGAAAAACAUCAACCCAGAUGUUUAUACCUUUAGUAUAUUGAUUGAUGCGUUUUGUAAAGAGGGAAAGAUGAAAGAAGCUAAAAGUAUGUUAGCUGUGAUGAUGAAACAAGGUACGAAACCUAAUGUAAUUACUUAUAAUACUUUAAUGGAUGGGUUCUGCCUUCGUAAUGAAGUGAAAAAGGCAUUACAUAUAUUUAACACUAUGAUUCAAAGGGGAGUGAUGCCCGAUGUUAAGAGCUACAACAUCAUGAUAAAUGGAUUUUGUAAGAGUGAAAUGGUGGAUGAAGCCAUCAAACUCUUUGAAGAAAUGUAUUUAAAAAAUAUGAUUCCUAAUACAGUAACAUACAACACUCUUAUUGAUGGCUUGUGCAAAUCAGGGAGAAUUGCAUAUGCUUGGGAGCUUGUAGAUGAGAUGUGUGACAGAGGCCAACCGCCCAAUGUAAUCACCUACAAUUCCUUCUUGCACACUUUGUGCAAAAAUCAUGAACUUGACAAGGCAAUUGCAUUAGUCAAGAAAAUUAACGACCAAGGUAUCAUGCCAAAUUUGUACACGUACAGUACCCUAAUUGAUGGACUUUGCAAAGGUGGGAGGCUUAAUGAUGCACUAAAGGUUUUUAAUAAUCUUUUGGCUAAAGGAUACAAUCUAGAUGUCGUAACGUACACAACUAUGAUUUGUGGACUUUGUAAUGAGGGCUUGUUUGAAGAAGCAUUUGUUUUGCUGUCAAAAAUGGAAGAUAAGGGCUGCUUUCCUAAUGCCUUCACUUUUGAAAUAAUGAUUUCUACUCUCUUUGAAAGAGGUGAGAAUGAUAAAGCAGAGAAACUUCUUCGUCAAAUGAUUGCUAGAGGCCUGCUAUAAGAGUAAAUACAUUGGUUUUCUUAUGGAAACAAAAGUUCCUCCCAACUCAUGUCUCUCUAUCACAACUUAUUUCCACUUACAAAAAAUUGAUGAUAAACUACUUGAAAGACGACGUCGUUGAGUUCGUGCGUGGCUUUCUUCUCGCUGCGAACAAGAAGAAGAAAAUGUCAUCACUGUUUAUGAGAUUAACAAGGUUUCCUGUUCAUGUGAUGGCUUGAACAACCACCAAAGAAUCCACAUUCAAUUCCACAUGCGAAAAAUUAAAACUUCUAGCAUAAAUGAGUCCUUCAAAAACUCUCCAAAACUCUGCUAAAUAUGCACUACCAAAGCCGACAAGUUUAGCAAAUCCACCCAAGCAUUCACCAUCACUCCCUCUAAUAAUUCCAUCACAUCCAAUCGAGCCAUCUUCACUACGAGCCCCGUCCGUAUUCAAUCUAACCAAAUUCUCUAUAUUUGUAUGGGAUUUGUACUUUUCGCACUCCCUGCAAUGUCUCAGUCACCCCCUGAAAUGACCAAACUAUCUUUCUCGCUUUGUAGGAUGCGAGCACGUCGAUCGCGUUGCAGAAGGCUAGGUUGUAUAUGUAGGUGGCCUUUGAAUUCACCCACCCCAAACAUUUAACAUGUUCGCUAUCUAAGAUGCGAACACAUCUUAUUUUAAAAGCAUCGCCGUCUAGGAUGCGAACACGUCUUAAUUAUAAGACGUCUUCAUCUUCUUCUUUCCCAUUUCAACGAUUUCUGAAAAACUAGGAGGAGUAUUGGCCUACUGGUAAACUGGUAAAAUUGAAGGUUUAUUGGCCGUUUGUGGUUGAAAACAACAAAAGGAAGUUAUGUUUUAAAACACAAUACUCCCAAACCCAUUGCCCAAACCCUCAAUUCUCCCAAAACCUUAGUUCAUCAAAAUUGAAGGUUUCUUGGUCGUUUAGGGUCGCAAUAAUCAAAGGAGCAAAGAGUAAUAUAAGGUAAAGGCUUCCUUCCCGUUUAUUUUUCUAUAUUCAUGACUGUGUUGGUUCGCGUUGUGGUCGGCGAACAGUGAACCUGUGUUCGCUUACCGGAUAGCGAUACGAAUUAAUCGUUCGCUUCACAGUAAGCGAGCGUAUAUUCUGCCUGCUGUUUCUUUUGUUGUCAUUUGGUUUGGAUAGUAGGUGUAGGAAUAAAUUUGUUGGAAAAUAUUUAGUUUCCUAGUUUGUUAUUUCUAGAAGAUUCUAAGCUUAUCUAUUAUUUUCUUUUAUGUUUGUACUCUUCCUAUUUAAACCAGCCUUGAGCUGAGGAAUAACACACAACAAUAUUCACUUA